AUGCUCCAGUCCAUGUCCGGUGCCGAUGACCGCAAGCGAGCCCUGGUAGGAGCAGCGGAAGACGGUCCGCGCAAGCGAUUGCAUUCCGAUGAAGCAACCCCUCGAUCCGCUGCCACGCCCAACAACGACGACGAUGACGAGGAAGCUCUCCAUCCGGCGUAUGCUGGUCUCGAAGCUUUUCGAAAGGAAGCUAUCUAUCGCAAGCUUCUCGAGGCGCGGAGGGAUAUGCAGCGCAUAGAGCGCAGAUCAGCGACGUACCAAGAUGAUCUCGCCGUCUCUGAACAACGUGCUGCUGUUCUUCAGCGAUUCUGGAACUUGCUCCUCACCGAUCUCGCGACCCGGCUGGCCCUUCAGGACCAGGAUGCUUUUGCAUCGUCUUCCUCGUCCGAUUCCAGGUCAGAUCCAUCGGCCAUGGAACAGCAGCUCCAGCAACAAUCGUCCGCGGUCCUCCAGUCCCUCUCCAAGCAAGGCGAUGUCAACGUUGUCGAGCUCCAGCAAAAGCUUCACGAUCUUGCUGAUGAAGCAUCUCGUCAUAAGCAGGACCUCUUCCUCACCCAGUCCAAGCUGCAGCGAGCGCAAGAUGCGCUUGCUCAAACCACUCAAAAGCUUUCCAAGGUGGAGCACGAGUAUGUUCGCUACCAGAGCAACCUUCUCCGCGCCACGGAGGGCAAACCAACCGUUCCAGCUGGCACCACCGUCACAGCUUCCGAGCCCCCACCUGCUGCCGAGCAGCCGGCUGCUUUGGAUGUCAAGAAAGACGCUGCACCUUCGUCCGCCGCAGAAGCAGGACCAGAAACUUCCGAAGCGCUCCAGAAAGCUCUCGAGGAGCUCGAAAGCGCACGCCAGGAUGUCGAACUCACACGGAGGGAGAGCGACUCGAGGUACGCCGAGAUUCAGACACUCAACGAAGAGGUGCGGACGUUCAGGUACAAGCUGCAUGAGACGCAGUCCAAGUUGACCACAUUGCCAGAGGAGGUUUUGCUCAAUUCGGCGUUGUAUCGCGAGCUGCAGACAUCGUUGCGGCAUGCCCAGCAGGAUCUGCAGAAUAGCAGGGAGGCCAUGCAGAUUCUCGAGAGGGAGGCUAGCGCAAUGCGAGAGGAGCGCGGUUCGUUCCAGCAGACUGUCGAGGCGGAAGCUAGCAGCCGCACCGAAGAUCUGGAGAAGCUCGUCAAGGCCAAAGAAGCCGACGUCACCCGUUUGCGGAGUCAGCGAGACGAACUCAACGCUGAGCUCACCGAGCGUCGAUCGCGGGAGCAGGUCAAGUUCACGCAGAUUGAAGAGAUGAAGGCAUUGCUCAACAGCAAGGAGGAACGCCUGACAUUGCUCUCCAGCCAGGUGCGGCGUCUGCGCAUGACGGUCGCGGCCUUCCACGGUCAAUCUACCGGCGUGUCUGCGUCGGCUGCCGACGCGGAAGAAGACCAAUUCGCAAUCCUGAGCCGCGAAGCUCAGCAGGCGCAAGCGCGUGUCGCCGAGCUUGAACAGCGUCUUGGCAUCACCAGCGAGACCACUGCACCGAACGGUAAGGACGCGACGAUCAAGACGGAGGACGGUGUCGAGACCAAGAUCAAGGCCGAGGCAGAUGCCGAGGCUCUCGGCGAGAGCGAGCUGCACGCAGAGAAUCAGCGUCUGCGUCUGUCGCUGCAGGCUGCCGAGGCGUCCAGCAAGGCUGUGGACGACGAGUUGGAGAAGAUCAGCGCAGCGUACGCCGAUCUGGAAAGGCAAGCGUCUGUCAAGGUGACGGAUGUGAGCCGCAUGGAGGAAAAGGCGUUGCGGUGGGUGACGGAAAAGUCGAAAGCGGACAACAAGUACUUCUCGGCGAUGCGCGCCAAGGAUGCGGUUGACGCAGAUUUGCGGAUGGCCAAGCAGGUGCACGAGCGACAGCAAAAGACGAUCGAAGCUUUCACCGAGACGGAACGCAACUUCACUGCACAGUUGGGCGUCCACGAAAAGCAGGUGACAGCCUUCAAAAAGACGACCGACGUGCACGUCCGUCGCAUCGAGACGCUGGAGCGGGAGCUCGAGCUGGCGCAGUCGCGCCUUGCCGAGUCGAUGAGGACCAAGGAGGCCGCCAGUGACUCGGCCAAGGAGCUGAUCAACACGGCCAACGUGGAGAAGGAUCAGCGGAAGCGAGCAGAAGAACGCAUCGUGCGGCUCGAAAAGGAUCUGGAAAGCUCGAAACGGCAGCUGGCCAAAGCGGCUGCAUCGGCAGCCAAGAACAAAGGGCGUCGCGACACAGACGCGGGAGAGGGUGGAAGCGAGAGAGACUUCCUCAACGCGCUGCUGCAGUGCUCUUCAUGCAAGGAAAGGUACCGCAACCGUAUCUUGACCAAGUGCUACCACACGUUUUGCUCCGAGUGCAUCGACUCGCGGGUGCAGACUCGACAGCGCAAGUGCCCGCACUGCGCGCUGGCGUUUGCUGUGAGCGAUGUUCAGCCUUUAUACCUGCAGUGA